GUUUUUGUUUGAUAAUAAGAGUCAGGAGCAUGUGUACUACAGAUGGAAACUCUACUCCAUUCUACAGGGAGAGAACCCAAAUAAAUGGAGGACGUCACCUUUCAGAAUGUUUAGGGGCGGCUCUCUGUGGAAGCCACCUCUCCUUAACCCGUAUCUCCAUGGUGAUGAGGAACCAGAAGAGAGCUCCUUCCCUUCUCAAGAGGAAGAGCCAAAGAAAGGGCACCUGAAGGCAGAGCACAGAGAGAGGUUGGAGGCCUUGCUAAGAGGGCUGACUCCUUGCAGGGAUGAGAUUGGUGAUGCAAUGUUAUUUUGCCUGGAGAGAGCAGAGGCUGCUGAGGAGGUCGUCUCCUGCAUCACUGAAUCACUGUCUAUAGCACACACACCACUGCAGAAGAAGAUUGCCAGACUUUACCUGAUAUCCGACAUCCUCUACAACUCCUGUGCCAAAGUUACCAAUGCGUCUUAUUACCGCAAAUUUGUCUUUGAAAUUCCCAAAUCUCCUGAUCUGGAUGGGGUGCCAUUGGAUAGUAUUCCUCUGGAGAGAGGUGAAAUUGAUGGUACACCCCUUGAUGACCUUGAUGGAUCACCUUUGACCUGGGAUCCGUCCUCUAUAGAUGGUGUACCGGUUGAUGACAUAGACGGUGUUCCCCUAGGAAACUCAGUAGAUGAUAUCGAUGGUGUGCCAUUUGAUGAAGGCUCAGAUAAGACUUUACCCACUGUUGCACUGUCUAAAUGGGAGAAGGUGGAGGAUUCCGAAUCCUCAGUUUUGGUUACCUCAUUGUUUCCUGCCCUGUCUUUGUCAUGCAGUGGCCUGAAGAAAAAUGAUGGUGACUCUGAUAUGAGCAGUGAUGAAGCUGACAGCCCCAGCAGGUUUGAGGGGGCGGAGUUUAAGAGUUCUCUGAGGAACUUUGAGCUGUCUGAAAGCAAAAGGACACGCCUCCGAGAACUGGAGGUGAAGGUGAUGAAUUUCCAGGAUGAGUUGGAGUCGGGUAAGAGACAGAGGAAGUCUAGUAUGACUCUACAACAGCAAGUUCAGCACUACAGAAACAGACUGCUACAGAAGGAGUUUGACAAGGACGACCAGGAAAAGAAAGACAAAUAUUCACAAAAACAGAAAGACCGGUCCAAAAAAGAUGAGCGGAGAGAUAAAGGGGAGGACAGGAGUAAAACAAGGGAUAAAGAAAAAAGUAGAAAGAGUGAGGACAGAGAAAGGAGUAGAGGGCGGAGUCGAGACAAAGAAGAGAGGAGAGAGAGAACAAGAUCUCGAUCACCGCGGAAGUCAAAACGCUCUCGAUCACCAUCACCGCAGCACAAAUCCUGGAGGUCAUCGUCCCGAUCACCACAUCGCUCGCACAAAAAGACCAAGAAGAGUAAACAUUGAACUCUGACCCUUGGAACCCUGUGACCUCCACAGUCAUCUCGUAACACAGCCUGAUGGAGCCUGUGGAUGGACUGCUUUUGUCAUGCACAUCAACAUGUCUCUAUUCCACAGUUCUUUGAUUAUGGACUUCCAGCUGAUUUCCAGCUGUUCAUUUGUUUCCAGAAGGGUCCUCAGUGUGGCUGCUGCAGUCACCACCCUGGGCUUGGCUGAGUUUUUCUAAGAUGAAGUGUGAACUUGUACAGAUCUUUUUGUUUUGUAAACAGUUUUAUUUGUUUUCCUCUCGUUUUAAAUCCAGUGUUAAAAAAAUUCUGCAAGAUUAACCCUCCGCCUCCAAACUUUACAAUAAAAACAAUUGUGGAAGGAA